AGGUACGACUACUUCCCUCAGCUCGCCAAGUUCGUCCUACGUAUGGCGAGCGCUAUCCACGAAGCCGUUAUCAGAAGAUUCGAACGCCUAGUCAUAGAGCAGUUAACCGACAUACAGCGAGGGAACGACCAAGUCGCUGCCGGUUUCGCUCGGGACGUACACGCAGCAGGAAGUUCCAAGAUUGAGAGGGAUGGUAGUUCCCAUUACCCAGACGGGUCGUUUGCGCAUAAAGAUGCGACAGAGCUUGGUGUUAUCCUGGAGGUCUCACAUUCGCAACAACACCAAGAUUUACCAUUCCUCGCAAAUGACUACAUCCUAGGUUCAAAUGGGUUAACCCAGGCUGUCAUCGGGAUCGACCUUACGUACCGGGGAAAGGAAGCAAGAGUUAUAAUAUGGCGACCAAAUAAGACCAAG